AUGAUCUUGGGAGGCUUCCUGAUGCUGCCGGCUACAUUCGAGAAAGAGCGGCUGCACGACUCUGAGGAUCAUCAGGGACACGAUUCAGAUAUACGAGUUACACCUGCGGUGCUGGGCAUAUUUGCGAUUGCACUUAUCACAGCCGCGCUCUCUUUCACUGGCUUGCUAUGCUUCGCCGUGAGGAAUGCACUUUUCCAACGAGACCUGAUCUUCCUCCCGUGUCUGGCCUCGUGUGUUCUCGGAUUAUUGACUGUAAUCUAUGACUUCCUGGUCUUCUCGAGAUACGAGUUCAAGACACCAGCGCUCUUGACCACGGUUGCCGCAGCUGUGUCGACCAUCGUUUACAGCUCACUCCUGAUCUCUAAUCAGCGCAGGAUCGGGAAGACCAGGACAGUGCCAGCGCAGCUCCCAAUACCAAUGGUCACGCACCAGCAUCAAGACAGCGAAUCUACCCUGUGGCAGGAUCCAUCGUACUACCAGAACUACAAUCGAAACAUGUUCCCAACUGCUCAUGUGCCGAGAGAGCCGCCGCCAUCGGGCUACGACCCGAACACUAUCACGGAGGACGAAAUGCAGAGACAGCAAAUGUUGAUGCUUUUGCUCAACAGAGAUCAGCCGUCUACGCCAGACCCGUCACAGAGUACUUUCCGCCUCGACUGGAAUGGCCAAGACGAUGAAGAUGCACCGCGCAAUGGGUAUUAUGGCCCGCCUGACUCGGCCCAGCCUUCGACCGCAUAUCCGGGGCCUUCGCCGGGCAUAGUACGACAAAUGACGAACGAGUUGCGACCCUGGGAUGGUGUAUGGAGGGGCGUGACCAACAAUCGAAGGAUUCCAAGACCUACGAGCAGAGAGUUCAGAGAACAACGCCGCAGGGAGAUCGAGAGGGGAGGACCUGAAUAG